AUGUCAGCAGUUGAUCCCGACCCCUUUGUCGUUAUCGAUCGGGAUCAACUGCUGACAUUCAAGGAACGUCUGAAUGCGGUCUUCCCGGUCAUACAAUUUACGAUGGAGGAGGAAGAGAACAACCAGCUGGCCUUCCUAGAUGUCCUCGUAUCCCGCAAGGAUUGUGGUGGACUAAUGACCAAAGUGUUCAGGAAAGCGACAAAUACGAUGCAAGUACUGAACUUCAACAUCAACCACCCAAUCAGUCACAAACGCAGUUGUGUAAGGACGCUCUAUCGGCGUGUAGAAACGCACUGCAGUGAGCCGGAAGACAAGAUUGCUGAACUACAAUACCUCCGACGGGUAUUCAAAGCCAAUGGCUACCCGCGCAACUUUGUCAACCGGUGCAUACGCAAAAUGGACGAAAGGACUAACCGCAGGGACACCAAAGUUUGGCGAGCGCUUCCAUAUGUCAAGAACGUUUCGGAAGCUGUUGGCCGCCUUCUCCCACCACUUGGUGUUGGAGUUGCACACAGGCCGGAGGCAACCAUCAGGCGUCAAUUGAUGAAACCAAAAGACCCACUGCCACGGCAAGAAACGUCUGGAGUCGUUUAUUGGAUCUGGUGCAGUUGCGGACAAAGCAACUACUUCGGAGAAACCGGAAGACAGUUCCGAACGCGAAUGGCCGAACACGCUGCAGCAGUGCGGAGAAAUGACGCCAGCUCUCAAGUUGCGGCUCAUUCGACGGGUUCCGGCCACACAUUCUAA